AUGGCGAGCCAGCAGAGUCUUGCGAGUACAUUACCAACAAACCUACCGGCGACCUUUAUGAAGGAAAUUACCAAUGAUUUCUCUGCUGAGCGAGAAAUUGGUCAUUCUGUUUUUGGAACAGUUUAUGAGGGAGCUCUGGCGGAUGGGCGCAUGAUUGCUGUGAAAAAGCUCGUUGAAAACACGCUAGCGGCACCUGGCAAAGCAUUUGAUACUGAGGUUACAAAUCUUAUGGCGAUUAAGCACGAAAAUAUAGUACAGCUGGUUGGAUACUGCCAUGAAGCGCAGAAGAAAGUGAUUCAGCAUAAUGGAAGAUAUGUACAUCAAAACUGGAGGACAGAUGAGCAAAUAAUAUACAAGUACCCAUCACUAGAUUCAAAUGGCCUCCAGCAAGUAAAAGCUUGCAUUGAAAUUGGGCUAAAGUGUGUGGAGGUUGAUCGGAGAAAGAGGCCUUCCAUAGUGGAUAUUGUUGAUAGGCUCAAUGGGAAACGUGUACCAAUUUUUUACCAGGACUCCCCUUUCCAGCAUGCGUGA